GUUUGUGUUAAAAGUUGAAGUGAGUUGAAAAAGACAAUCUAGGCAAACAAAACGAUUCUGUACCUGGAUUCGUCGUGUAAUUUAAUCAAUGUAAUUCAAUCAAGAGUUCAUUCCUGAAGAACUGAUUUAUAGAGUAUUUUUCUAGAAUUGUUAGUGGUGACCAAGUAUGGCAGAAGCUCAUCAGGCUGUGGCCUUCCAGUUCACUGUCACCCCCGAUGGCAUUAACCUACAUCUCAGUCAUGAGGCUCUUCGGCAGGUCUACCUGUCUGGUCUUCACUCCUGGAAGAAGAGAUUUGUCCGGUUUAAGAAUGGAGUUUUGAAUGGGGUUUACCCAGGCAGCGCACCCGGGUUCAUGCUGGUGUUGGCGGGAUACAUGGGAAGAGCUCAUUACUUAAAAGUGGAUCCUUCCUUAGGCCUGCUCGUCAAACUUGGCAAACAUGUCCCAAUCAGUAGGUACAUGUCUUCGCAAAAUCAGAUGUUAGUUGGGGGUAUCGUGGUGGGCACGGGCCUGUGGAUUGCCAUCAUAUUCUCCAUGAGGAAUGUCUUGAAGGGCCUGCUGUCCUGGCAUGGCUGGAUGGAUGGCCCCCGUGGCAAAAUGACCUGGAAACUUCAACUGUGGCUUAUCCUUGUGAAGAUUUUUUCUGGCAUGCAAACACCAAUGCUGAACAGCUUCCAGACCUCACUCCCUCACUUACCUGUGCCAUCUGUAAAGGACACACUGAGAAGAUAUCUUGAAUCCGUUCAGCCACUGCUGAAUAAUGAGGAAUACCAAAGAAUGGAGAGUCUUGCACUAGACUUUCAGAAGAACCUUGGACCAAAACUUCAGUGGUACCUCAAACUGAAGUAUUGGUGGGCCACCAAUUAUGUAAGUGACUGGUGGGAAGAGUAUAUCUACUUGAGAGGUCGUGGGCCAAUCAUGGUGAACAGCAACUACUAUGCAAUGGACUUUCUAUAUGUCUGCCCUACACAUCUGCAAGCAGCGAGAGCUGGUAACUCCAUUCAUGCCAUCAUGCUGUACAGGGGGAAGCUGGACCGGGCUCAAAUUAAGCCUCUUAUGCUUCAAAACACCAUACCCAUGUGCUCGUCCCAGUAUGAGCGCAUGUUCAACACCAGUCGCAUCCCAGGCGUAGAAUCAGACACUGUUCAGCACAUGUCUGACUGCAAGCAUAUUGUGGUGUAUCACCGGGGCCGUUACUUUAAAGUUCGGUUGUUCUAUGAUGGGCGGUUGCUGUUGCCACGGGAGAUAGAGCAGCAGAUAGAGAGGAUUCUUACCGACACAUCAGAGCCGCAGCCUGGGGAGAAAACUCUUGCUGCUCUCACUGCAGGGAACAGAGUGCCUUGGGCUUGUGCCCGAAAUGCCUACUUCAGUCAUGGCAAGAACAAAGUGUCUCUGGAUGCUGUGGAGAAGGCUGCUUUCUUCGUUUCUCUGGAUGAUACAGAGCAGCGCUAUGAUCCAGAGAAUCCUGUGGAGUCCCUGGACCGCUACGCUAAAUCCCUACUUCAUGGGAAGUGUUAUGACCGGUGGUUUGAUAAGUCCUUCAACCUGAUUGUCUUCAAGAAUGGAACAAUGGGCCUUAAUGCAGAACAUAGUUGGUCUGACGCUCCUAUCAUUGUCCACCUUUGGGAGCAUGUGCUCUCAAUGGACCCUGUUAAGCUGGGCUACACUGCAGAUGGCCACUGUAAAGGAGAACUUCACCCCAGUCUCCCUGGACCUCAACGACUGCAGUGGAGCAUCCCUACUGAGUGCCAGACUAUGAUUGCCAACUCUCUAUCUGUGGCUGAGCCUUUGGCUAGAGAUGUGGACUCUCACAUCAUCCCCUUCAAUGACUUUGGAAAGGGCCUGAUCAAGAAGUGCAAGACCAGUCCAGAUGCCUUCAUUCAGAUAGCACUGCAGCUGGCCCACUUUAGGGACAAGGGAACAUUUUGCUUGACUUACGAGGCAUCCAUGACACGUUUAUUCAGAGAAGGUCGUACAGAAACCGUGCGGUCCUGUACUGUGGAAUCCUGUACAUUUGUCCGUGCCAUGGUCAACAACGACACGAGAGAACAGAAACUUAAUUUACUGAGGCAGGCUGCUGAGAAACAUCAGCAGAUGUACAGACUCGCAAUGACUGGCAAAGGCAUUGACCGCCAUCUCUUUUGCCUCUAUGUUGUAUCUAAAUACCUUGGGCAGGAAUCUCCUUUCCUCCAGGAGGUGCUGUCAGAGCCUUGGAAACUGUCCACCAGUCAGACUCCUCUACAGCAGCUUGAGCUGUUUGACUUGGCUCGACACCCAGAGUAUGUGACUUGUGGAGGGGGAUUUGGACCAGUUGCAGAUGAUGGUUAUGGUGUAGCGUAUGUGAUUGUCGGGGAAGACCUCAUCAAUUUCCAUAUCUCUUCCAAGCAUUCCAGUCCAGAAACUGACUCCCAUCGCUUCGGAAACCAUAUCAAACAAGCAAUGUUUGAUAUGCUGGAUCUGUUUCGGAUUGACACAGGAACCCCAAAGUGAUUCAGUUGGUGAAAAGAUAAUACUUUUAACAACUAAUUUCACCUUAAUUAUAUAUCAUGACUGUUGAGAGAAGAUUGAAAUGUGUUGUUUUUGGCUUUUGCUUAACCCUUUUGCUUGUGUUGUCUUGUUUGUUUGCGUGUGUGUGUGAGAUGCAGCAAUUGAAGUAGAGAAGUAGGGAGGAAGUGUGAGUUUCUUUGGGGAAUCUCAUUCUGUGUUGUAUAUACAGUACUGUGCAAAAGUCUUAGGCACUUAAAAGGUUUCACAAAAACAUUUGUCUUAAGAUGGUUUUUUAUUUCUGCUACUUUAGUGUGUCAAUAGGAAACAUCCAUUUUAUACUCCCAAACAUUCAUUUUGCAAAUAGAACAUAACGGAAUGAAAGAACAGGGAGCCCUGCAACAGAUGGCCUUACGAAGCCCCCCACAGAACAUCGAGUCUGUCUGGGAUUACAUGAAGAGACAGAAGUAAUUGAGACAGCCCAAAUAAAUAAAAGAACUUUGGCAAAUUCUCCAAGAGGCUUUGAUCAUACUAUCUGCCAACAACCAGUUGGAAGUAGGACAAUUGGUGCUGUUUUGAAGACAAAAGUGUUCACACCAAGUAUUGAUUUAGCUCUUUUUCUGUUUACUGGACUUUGUAUGACCUUAACUGAAUAAUGAAAACUACUUAUGUCAUUAUUUUUUUUAAGAAGUCCUCACUUUGAAAGUUUUUCACAAGUGCCUAAAACCUUUGCACAGUACUGUAUGUGCUGGUGCCUUAAUUAAACAUUUCAAUGCAGUUCAUUUCAAAUGAAAGAUUCAGCCAUUUAUAAAAGCAUUUCAUUAGCAAGUCAUGCUUUCACUUUUAACACCAUUUCAAUAGAUGAACAAUUCACUUUGUGAGGAGUAUUGUAAUUGGCUUGGCAAAUUGGUGCCUUCACGGAUAAACUGUUGACCUAAAAAUGUAAGCAAAACACAGCUCUCUGUUUGUGCUUUAUGCUUUCCUUUGCAUUCUAAUAUUUGCCAAUGGUUAAAUUCAUCAUAAAAGGAGUAGUACACUCCAAACGGAAAAGUUUGUCAUUUACUCACCCUCAUGUUAAUUCUAACACUAACGCUUUUUCGUUUUUCAGUGUAGCACAAAAUGUACUGUUACAGUAGGUAAAAUGUUUACCUCACUUUUACAUUUAGAUUUGACAAAAUAUUCAAGUAAAUUGAAUGACUUGAGGCUAACAUUCUGCCUAACAUCUCGUUUUGUGUUCCAAAGAGCAAAGAAAGUCAUACACUUUGAAACAACAUAAGGGUUAAUGAUGACAGAAUUUCCAUUUUUGGGUGAACUAUCCCUUUAGGUGACAAAGAAAAAGAUGAUACAGAUUAUCAUGUUUCUGUCUGACAAAAUAUGCCACGUGUGCUCUCAUUAAUGACAGAUUUUGCUCCUUUUUAGCUAUUUUUAGGAGUUGGUAUUGCCAUUUAUGUAGCAUUGAAAGGUCAUUUGAAAUGUUUGGGAUUUAUAACCUUAAAAAGAUAUGGAAUUUGAAUGCUCAUUAGAGGCUUUACAUAUUUUUAAUUUGAUUUCAUUUUAUCUUAUGUUCCCCUUUUGAGAGAUACAUGUUAAUUGUGUGAUAUUUAGUUCCAGGAUAAGUGUGCAUUUAUUUAUUCUAUACUUGUUUAAAUAUGUUUGAGUGUCAGUUACUGUCAACACAAAGGCCAUGUAUGUUUUCUGAUUCAGAAAUUCAGAAUGAGCAUUAAGCAAUAUACAUCAAAACAUAUUAAACAGACUAUCAAAUUAUUUUCUGUUCUUUU